AUGAUCUCGAGGCUGCGGUCCUCGCGGCUGGUCUCCUCUGCUCAACGGACAUCUACGACCCUCGCCCGACCAACAUCCCACAAUGUAGCAUCAAUCUACAGCAGCAGCACUCUUGCUGCCAAACGAUCAGUCUCGCUCGUCGCCCUAUCUGGAUCCAGAACGACACUCCGAAGAUGGCAACAACGGAACGCGUGGCCGAUGGGCGCGAAUGGCAUCCACAAUCUGCCAGCCGUUCGGCACGCUUCCUUUGCGCGAGUGAUACCCCAGCUGGCCAUGAAGCUCAUACGCAUACCUGCCAUGUUCGGCGCAGCGAUGAUUGGAGGCAUGGCAUACUUACAGUAUCAGGCCGCACAGGGUUGGACAUGGGCAACGAAGGCGCUUGGAGAGGCAAAGGAUACCGCGAGCUCAACGGCAAACAGCUUGUAUGAUGGCUUUGGCAGUGUCUUUGGGCAGAUUGGAAAGGGCUUUGACAAGACAAAAGAUGAAGUCAAACGUGUUCAGAUGCCGCAGUGGAUGAAGGACAUCUAUGAAGGCAGAGCUGGACAGGAAGAAGGUGGUGAAGGAGGCAGCGGAGGUCCCAACGAGCCCAAAGAGAGCGGCACUCGUGCAGGUACUGCUGCUGCCGGCGCUGCUACUGCAGGAGCCUUUGCGCUGGAUUCUGAAGGCGAAGAAGACACAAGACCUGACGAUGUUGCUGCAAGAGACGACCAGAUGAUGCUUUUGACAAGAAAGAUGAUCGAGAUCAGGUCGCUGCUGCAGACAGUCGACCAGGGUGAUACUUUGACGCUUCCGUCGAUCGUUGUGGUAGGGUCGCAGUCGUCUGGCAAGAGUUCCGUGCUGGAAGCCAUUGUUGGACACGAAUUCUUGCCCAAAGGCUCGAACAUGGUCACACGACGACCGAUCGAGCUUACCCUGGUCAACACACCAAAGGCACAUGCAGAAUAUGGCGAGUUCCCGGCUCUGGGACUUGGACGCAUCACAGACUUCAGCAACAUCCAGAAGACCUUGACAGAUCUGAACCUAGCGGUGCCAGAGACCGAGUGUGUGUCGGAUGAUCCAAUUCAACUUAGGAUAUACUCUCCCAACGUGCCUGAUCUUUCACUUAUUGACUUACCUGGAUACAUUCAGGUAGAAGCCUUUGAUCAGCCGACGGAGCUUCGAACUAGGAUCCAGGAGCUUUGCGACAAGUACAUCCAGCCACCGAAUGUUAUUCUGGCUAUCUCCGCUGCAGAUGUCGAUCUUGCUAACUCAACUGCCUUGCGAGCGGCUCGCAGAGUCGACCCUCGCGGUGAGCGGACCAUUGGUGUCGUCACGAAGAUGGACCUGGUCGACCCAAAGAGAGGCGCUCAGAUUCUGUCAGACAAGAACUACCCUCUGAGACUGGGUUAUGUCGGUGUGGUCUGCAAAGUACCCCAAGAGUCGAGGUCGCUCUUCUCAAGAGGUUCUGCCAGCAUCACAAGCCUCAUCACAAAGAACGAGAAGGCUUUCUUCGGCGCUCACCCAGAAAUAUACGGUUCUGAUGCGCAAUCGAACGUCACGGUCGGCACGCCCGCUCUACGCAAGAAGCUUAUGCACGUUCUGGAGUCUACGAUGUCUGCUUCCUUGGAGUCUACCAGCGAGGCAAUCCAGCACGAAUUAGCGGAGGCAUCGUACGAGUUCAAAGUGCAGUACAACGAGCGACCUUUGAACGCAGAGAGCUACUUGGCAGAGUCUCUGGACGCUUUCAAGCAUGGCUUCAAGCGAUACUCUGAGACCUUCGGUAAGGCCGAAGUUCGUGAGAUCGUGAAGCAUGAGCUUGAUCAGCAAGUGUUGAACCUGCUUGCACAGAAGUACUGGAACAGACCAGUCGAAGACCUGAGGCCGAUGGAGCAGUCGGCAGAAGGCGUGCUGGAGCCACUUGAGAAUCUACCAAAGGCAGAUCCCGAGAACCCAUUGUGGCAUCUAAAGCUUGACGCCUCGACAUCGACUUUGACCAAGCUCGGCAUUGGCAGACUUGCCACAACAGUCACGGCCCAAGCGUUGCAGUCCGCCGUGCAGGAGCUUAUCUACAGCACGCCGUUCUCCACACAUCCCUUUGCGGUGUCUGCCAUCACCCAAGCUUCGGAGAACAUCCUUCGCGAUCUCAGCUACGAUACCAGCGAUGAGCUGGAGAUUUGCGUGAAGCCAUACAAGUAUCGUGUGGAAGUCAACGACUACGAGUGGAAGCAAGGCCGUGAGAACAUUACUCGUGUGCUCAAGGAUGAGCUCAAAGAUUGCGAGACUGCCUUCAAGGCUGUUGAGGACCAGAUCGGUGGCAGAAGGAAAGCGAAGGAUGUCCUCGCCUUCAUCGACCGGCUCCGGAAAGGCGAGAUAGUCCUCGAAGGUAAUGGUGUCGGUGGCGCCGGUGGCUUCAGCGCGGCCCUCCUCGAGAAGGGCAAACAAGCGCUCUUCCUCCGAGACCGCUCCGACAUCCUACGAAUGCGUCUCGCAGCCGUGAAAAGCAAGCAAUGCGCCCAGCCGAAGAACAAAUACUACUGCCCCGAAGUCUUCCUCGACGCAGUGGCUGAUAAACUCACCUCAACCGCCGACCUCUUCCUAGACGCCGAGCUCCUGAGCAAAUUCUACUACCAAUUCCCUCGCGUCCUAGAAAAAUGGGGCCGCGAGCUCGACGAGAGCACGAUAGAGCGCUUCGCACGAGAGGAUCCUAAGAUCCGACGGCAUUUGGAUGUCGUGAAGAGGAAGGGGUUGCUGGAGCAUGUUUUGAAGGAGAUGGAGAGUUUGAGGUUGCUGGAGGCGAGGGAGAAGAGGCAGAGUUCCAGGGGGACACAGACCGAGGAGGGGGCGAGGAGGAGGAAGGGGUGGGGGUUGUUUUGA